GACAGGCAGGGUGUCCAGAGGAACAGCGAGGCUGAAACCAACCCAGGAACUUCCAUCUCUCACACCCAAGCUCCUGUGCUUCCUUCUGCCAUGAAGGUCUCCGCAGUGCUUCUGUGCCUGCUGCUCACAGUGGCCACCUUCAGCAUCCAGGUGCUUGCUCAGCCAGGUUCAGUUUCCAUCCCAAUUACCUGCUGCUUCAGUGUGGUCAAAGGGAAGAUCCCUAUGCAGAAGCUAGAGAGCUACACAAGGAUCACCAACAUCCAGUGUCCCCAGGAAGCUGUGAUCUUCAAGACCAAAACAUCCAGAGAGAUCUGUGCUGACCCCAAGCAGAAGUGGGUCCAGGAUUUCAUGAAGCGCCUGGACCAAAAGUCCCAAACCCAGAAACCUUGAACCUUUAUACCCAGACUGGAGAGACAGAGCGUGAAGAAAAUCUUAUUUAUUUUCCCCCAACCCUCCCCAAGGGCAGAGUGAUAUUAUU